AUGGUUUGUAUAACAAAUCACGGAUACGAGCAAGCUCUCGUGAUAUUGGCGACAUUUUUUUCCCAAAAGGGACACGUCAGACAUCAGAAUGUUAGUGUUUCGUCAGAGCAGAUACGGAUAGCACAGCAAAAUGAGACUUUGAACAGCAAUCUAUCGAGUGAAACGGUUGAAUUGAUCAACAAUCUCUUGGAUGAUAAUGUUGACGACCCGGGAUUGGCUAUCGAUGAAAUCAUUUGGUUGACACCUCAUGAUAAGAGUUUACUCAUAUCAGCGGUUGCAAUCGGUGCACUUUUAGCACAUUUUCCAAUUGUCUGGUUAAUAGACCAUUAUGGGAUCCGUAUGAUAUUCGGUCCAUUGGGUAUAUUGUCUGCAAUGGCAACGUUACUGAUACCGAUGGCUGCAAGGAUUGGCUUGAUCCCAUUUAUUGGCGUCCGAUUACUACAAGGGAUUGCAUUUGCUACGUAUUUCUCGGUUACCGGCAGUUUCAUAACCAAAUGGACUUCUAUCGAACAGAGUGGAUUGUUUAUAUCAGUUCUGGUCGCAUGCCUUCAACUUUCACCGGUAAUCACAAUGCCAAUCGGUGGCUUUGUUUGCACGUAUUACUCAUGGCCAUACAUCUAUUUCGGUCAUGGUGCAGUAUCGCUCAUCUUAUUCGCAUUCUUCAUUCCAAUUUAUCGCAAUUCACCCAGUAAACAUCCACUCGUGAAUUGUGCUGAGCUGAAACGAAUCACUGCCGGUAAAGAACAAGUCACCAAAAAAGAAAUGCGAACCAUACCCUAUAUUGCAAUUUUAACGACGGCCUCCGUAUGGGCAAUAUGGAUAUCAGCAUUUGCGCUGAUGUUCUGUGAUAACAUUAUCUUCUUCUUCGCACCCACAUAUCUUCACGCAGUUCUUGGAUUUCAAAUUAAUGACACUGGCUUAACGGCCGCCAUUCCAACACUUCUACAAGUUUUGAUGAAGAUCGGUUGCGGAUCGGCUAGCGAUAAAAUGCGUUGUAUGGGUGAUGCGUGCAAGGUUAAGUUAUUCAAUUCAUUGGCGUUUAUUGGAUGCGCAAUUUGUCUGAUUGUGCUGGGUAUGUUUGGAGAGGAUCAAAAACUAAUAUCACUGAUACUGUUAUCUGCGUCAACUGCAUUCCUUGGUCUUACCGUUGGCGGAUGCUUGAAGUCAGCCCCAUUAGUGGCACACCAUUACGCGGCGUUCGUAACCGGAAAUGUUUCAUUGGCGAUGUCGUUGACGAUGUUGAUUGUUCCGUUCCUUGUUGCCUUCUUGGCACCCGACAAUACGCCACUUCAGUGGAGAUACGUAUGUGACUCCAGCCAUCCCUCUGAUACAUGUUUGCAUCACCCUUUUAGUAUUUUCUUCUCGGCAGCAGCGUUGCUGAUAUUAACAAAUGUAAUAUUCGUCACAUUCGGAUCGGCAAAAACGGCGGUAUGGGCCAUUCCGAAUGCAUCAUCACACAUACAAAUGUCGAUGAAUGUGAAAGUGAUUCGCGUGAACGACGAUGCAGCCGUAUCGAGUCACCAUUCAAUCGAGCAAUAA